GUGAUUUAUAAAUGAAACCACGAUCAUGUUGUCCGACCGAACCAGAACAUGACGUUGCUAGAUUUUGGGCUGGAAAUACUGAAGUGCCAAUAUCAAUGCCUUCAUCUCAAGGUGGUUGAUAUGUAGCUGAGACAGAUGAGAGUUCCACUUUCUGUCAUGCCGUCACAGUGCGCACCUCAUUCUGUCAUAGAGACAACCGUGGUCGUCACUUUCUUCCUGCAUACCAAACAGAGCUCUGUCUCCGAGAGGAACAGAGAGUGGGCGGGGUUCGCCGUGGUUGUCGGGGCUGAAGAGCGUCUUGGAUAAGCUGUGUUCAAUAUCCUCACGCAUUAUUAAAAGGAGGUCAGUAAAGCAAGGACCAUGGCAGCUCCAUUAAGAUCACUUGUUGAAGAUAAUUCAAGAUGCUUCAAAUUAUUUGAACUCUUUCUGGAUCACUCAUCAGAGCACCAAUGUAUGCAGGACUUCAUCCAUAAUACUCUACCAGACAUACUGGGAAGCGUUGGUGGAGGACGGCCCGUUUUUAAUGUAAUGGGUGUAGGGAGUGGUACAGGUGUGGUGGAUUUAGAGAUGCUAGCACAGCUUCACAUGAAACAUCCACAAGUCAAAGUCGACAAUGAAGUGGUGGAGCCAGGCACUGACAUGUUACACAAGUAUAAAGUUCUGGUGUCAAAAACGCCAAAUCUUGAUUACAUUAACUUCACAUGGAAUAAGAUGACAGCUUCAGAAUUUGAAAAACAGUGGCAGGAGAAAAACCUUGGAAAAAAGAUGGACUUCAUUCACUUGAUACAGAUGCUGUAUUUUGUGAAAGAUCCAGAGGCCACUGUCUCAUUUUUCCGGAGUCUGUUAGAUAAAGAUGGAAAACUCUUAAUCAGUCUGGUGUCAGGUGAGGGUGGAUGGACGACAUUAUUGAAGACCUACAGAGCUUCUCUCUGUAACCCUGAGAUCAGCCAGUGUGUCAAUAUGGGAGAUAUAAAGACCUUCUUGGAUACCAAGGACAUCCCAUACAGUAAUUAUGUGAUUCAGUCCCACAUGGACAUCACAGAGUGUUUCACAGAGGGAGAUGAGGUCGGAGGACUGCUGUUGGAUUUCCUAACUCAAGUGAUAGAGUUCAGUAAGAACGCUCCUGAAGACCUGAAGAAAGGAGUGCUGGACUUACUGAGACAUCCAGACUGCAGUAAAGAGGUGGACGGCAGGAUAAUGUUCAAUAAUAGCAUGGAAGUUGUAGUGGUUGAGCCGUAGCCCCAUGACUCCUCAAUAUAAUGACCUCCAAAGGAC